AAUGUCAAAGGUGAAUAUUCCUCCCUAUUUGCUUUAGUUCGUUCAAGCAAAAUUAUCAAGUUCAGCAACAAUAUUCAUGUGCGGUGCAGAAUUCACUACCAGACGGUAUGUAUUUUUUAAAUAUAUAAUACUGUUGCAAUACUUGUUAGCCAAUUUAAAACCAUGGAUCGUUUAAUGGCGUUGAGACGCAUUUUUCCCCUCGUGGCAGUUCUUUUGUUUGCGGCUAAUGGAUGUUUGAGUCAAAAACCGACAGCAAAAGAUUCACUUUGCUCGAAAGAAAUGUGUGUGUUUUUGUUUGGUCGACUUGAAGAGCAGUCGAUUCGUUUGCACAACAUUGAAGAUGCCCUUAUGCGCACAGUGUCGAUACUCGCGUCUGUUAAGGACCAGGAAUUUUCCACAGCAAGUGCUGCCUUGAAAUCGGAUCCUCUAUUGAAUUCUUUAUUUACUGCAGAUGCUUACGGUCCAGUCGAAUCUACUUUGUUACGUUCAGAUCAAAUGACGAAUUCACUGCAAUCACCAGUAAAAAUUCGCAGGAGAAAGCGGCAGACUGGCGAACGUUCGUUUACACCGAGAGAAAGACUGAGAGAAGCUCUGAAACGGUCCAAGAAAAGCACUACCUCAUUUCAAAUGCGGAGUGAUCAAUCAGAGAAAUUGAACGAUGUAUCACAGGUGCGAACCGAACAUCAAAUAAUUCAAGAUUCGAAAUUGCACUCUGUCCACUCGCAUCAAUUCCGAGAUGAAUCAGAACCGCUAGCAAACGCAUCAAUUUAUUCAAGGUCUAAUGAAGAAUGGAAAUUUUUUAAUAUAAGCAACAAUAACACCGAUCUCUUACGACAUGCUUGUGAGACAUCUCUUGUUGGCGAGACGACAAUUUUCCAAUUUGUAAAAGACGCUGUCGGCGACCUUCAAAACGCGGUUAAAUGUGCAGUGGGUCAGUUUAAUGACGAGAUACCUUCAGAGUCUCUUGGCGUUCUAUUCGAGCCUCAAGCUACAUUGAAUCCCAAUAAGACGUUAACCAUACAGUUUGAAUUAAAAAAUUGUCAAAAGUAUUGGGCAGCUGUUUGGAUUCGAAUCUCUCUUCGAAACGAACAGGCGAAUCGGAAAAGCAUUUUGAAAAUUCCUAAAGAUUGUAUGAUGAAAUCCGAAAAUGUCUUCUCACUCACCUUGCCGUUGACUGAUGAGUCAUCGUGUAUGUUUCCCCUGGUAGAAAUGAUAGAGUGUAAGGUAUACUCUGUCGAAAUCAUUCCAGUCUACUUAACACUUCAGGGUCAGUCAUCCAGUGUCGAGAUCACAGUUCCACCAGAAGUAACAGGUUAUUCAAUGGAUUUGGUGUCUUUUGAACGCAUUUCUUUACAAAACUCAACGCACAUUUUGGGUUUGAAAUGGACAACUCAGUCGGAGGAUUGCGCUCAGCUAAUGACAUCCGUCGAUGUACGAAUUUACGAAGAUGCGGAGGACACUAUCUCUCGGUCUUUUGCUAUUCCUACGAAUUGCGUAAAAAAUGGACAAUUUCAGAAUUCUUUUACAACCACUCUUCGCCACUCUUCGUAUUUCGGAUAUAGUGACAACCUAUGUACGGAUGUCACUUGGACGCCGCUUGAUAUUUGCAGAAAAUAUAAAUUGGAACUUGAACCCGAAUAUUCUUCUUCGCUGAGAGGAAAGUCAUUAUCUCUAGAAAUAUAUACUCCAGGAGUAGGAGACGCUUCGAGUUGUUGUUCUGUAUUAACAUCUCCAACUGGUGUUUUCCAGUCAGCGGAUUAUGAUGGAAGAUUUGGCUGCACUUGGCUUAUAUCUGUCGAGAAAAAUUUUACCAUCUGGUUGACAUUUACGGUGUUUCAAUUAGAAAGUUCAUACUACCGCAUUAAGGUUUAUGACGGUCCACACUCAGCGAGUCCUUUGUUGCUGGAUCAAAGCGGUCGGCAGCCUCCACAUCCAAUACGAUCACAAAGUAACAAGCUUUUUAUUCAACUAGUUCCCAAUAACCCUGAGUACUAUGGAUAUAAUAGCAAUGGGAAGUCAUUCACUGCCCAUUAUAUCUCUGUAUGUAAGGACGCUAUUUCCAAUUCCUAAUUAUUCGAAGAGUGAUAGGAGCAGUAAGAAAAAGCUCUUAUUCAACUACACUUUAUUUGUGCUAUUUUAUUUAUAAAGUAGCUCAUAGAAAGUUUUUUCUGAGAAAUUCAGGGAAAUAAUCAAAUGCAAUUCUUGCAUACAGAUAAGGUUAAAAAAAAGAAACAAAAUCUUCCUUCUUAUUUACUUUCAAACAUAUUUGUCAUGCGAUUCCUGGGUUUCGUCAUACAGCAAACGACUGUUCUACUCGC